ACCUCAGUGCGCCUGUCAGUUGCUAUGGUGAUGGUAGCUGUGAGGAGAUGACAUCACGGGGCGGCUGGGGAAGCGGGUUUUAAACAAGGAAGGCGCUGGGUUUGUGACUGGAAUAUUCCUGGCAGGCUGUCUGUGCUAUGUCCAUGGCGCUUCCCCAUCGGUACAACCCAAAGGAUUCCUCGCUUCUCAGUGGCAUAGAACCUCUCCCGCUGUCUUCUCCGACGUCCCCUCUCCGGCAUGGCUCUCGCAGCCCCUCUCCUCCACCCGCCAUCUCCUUCCCGACGGCCUCCAGCCUGAGGCGCGCAGCCUUCUCAGAGGUGACCACCCAGCUCUACGCCUCCCUGCGGCGCAGCAAGGAGCUGGAGACCGAGAGCCAGGACACGGAUUGCUUGCUAAGGAAUUCUGCCCUCGCCCAGAGUCCCACGCACGGGACUGACAUGGACGAGCUGGCCGACGAGAUGUCCCAUAAGUUACAGGAAGGGGUCGAGGCUUCAAGUGCAAAGGGUGUCUCUUACAUCUCUCAGAUGGAGUCUCUUCGCUCAUACCUGCAGAACAUGCUGAGUCUGAACCCCAGUGUCACGCCGCACUCCAGCCAUGUUGGUGAUAAGGAGGAGGAGCCGAGUGAUGCCACAAGCACGCUGCUAAAUGCCCGGCCAGUGUCGCCCCCUCUCCCCCUGCCUGGCCUGGAGGGGCUGUUUCCUCGCUACGCAUCUUUAUAUAAAGCAGGUCCUGUUUUUGCUGACAUACAGCUGAGAGAUGCCUUGGAGAGAGAGACAACACGACGGAAGCAUUUGGAGCGCCACAUUCAGAACCUGCAGAAUGAGAUGCUGGAGUUGCAGCAGAGACUGACUGUCACCCUGACGGCCGACCGCAGGAAGGACACUAUGAUCCAACAGCUGGACCAGACCUUGGCGCUGGUGGUGGGAGGAUGGAAACAGCAGGAACAGAAGAAAGAAGAAGCUUUGCAUCAGCUUUGCAGGCAAAAAGAAGAAGCGGAGCAGGCCCGAGCCAAGGACAUGGAGGUGCUGACUCAGGUGCGCCAGGAGCUCUGCCAGGUACAAGACACUCUUGCUAAGGAAAAGCAGAUCUCAGCCGAGGCACAGGAGGAGGCCCAGAAGCUGGUAGGGGAGAGAGAGGCUCUGGUUACCCAGUUCCAGACCGAGCAAGAGAGAGAGCGAGACCUUCACGCAGAAGAGCACAGGGAGCUGGAGAUGCUAAAGAGCCAGAUGCUGGAGCAGCAGAGAGUGUGGCUGGAGCGGGAGAGAGAGCUGCAGGAUCAGUGUGAGAGACUGCAAGAGGAGAGGAGGAGAGAGGUGGAGAGUGAGCGGGCUCUGGCUCAGCAAGAAUCCCAGAAGUCCCAGCAGUGGCAGCUCGCCCUCACUUCUCUGCAGGGAGAGGCCCUUCGGCUGGAGAGAGAUCUGCAGGCCUCACACAGGGAGAGGGACACUCUGCAGAUGGAGCUUAACCUUGAGAAGGCCCGUAGUGAGUCUGAGAGGGUGCGCUUGGAGAGCGAGCGUAAGGUGCGCUUGGAAGAGGCCGUCACUCAGAGACUUAGCGUUGUCCACGAGGAGAGCGCCCAGCACCUGAGUGCUGUGAGAGAGCAACACCGGAAGCAGCUGUUAGACCUCACCUCGCAGCACGAGACAGAACUCUCCGCCCAACUCUCCCAGUUCAAGUCAGAACUGCAAGAGCGCGAGAAGCGCCACCGAGACGUCGCCAUGGAAUAUGAACUCAAACUGUCUCGCUCAGAGGAGAAGGCUCAGGAGCUGUCUCUGGCGCUCCGUCGGCUGGAGAGUGAGAGGGCAGAGAUGCUGGCACAGCUGCAGGAGGUGAUGAAGAGCCAUUGGAGCCAAGCGCUGAGGGUUCUCACCUCCAAGGCCUCCGAAUCGUCCCUGCAAGCCCCUCCCCAGCCCGUCCUGUCAGGGGCCCCUGAGAUGCCAUGGAGUGGUUACAGGGAGGCCGCUGGCGAACAGAGCCGAGGGGAGGAGCUCCCUCUAAAGAGAAGUGCCAGUUCACUCGGGCAUGGAGAGAGCUCCCACCUACUGGCAAGCAGCAAGCUGAAGGAUAGCCUGAAACCUAUAAUAGGAGAUCAAAGUCUGGCCAGUAGCCAAUAUCGGCAGGGUGGCCACCUCUCUGGGAGUGCUAGCCUUCCCUUGACAGAUUCCGAUCAACAGAGCAGUGGCCCAAAUUCACAUAGCGCUAUCCAAAUGCAAGCAGUGAGCAGUAAAUCAAUGGGAGAUGGUGGCCAAGGAAGUCGGCCAAUGACCCUAUUAAACCGCAUUGAUAGCCAGCAGUUCAUUGGACACAGCCAGUUAUUCAGUCAACACAACGAUAACAAAGCAAAGAGCAUUAAAGAUUCCGCAAGCAUUUCACUGAUGGCAGACGGUAGCCUCUUCAGUAGCCAGCCGCUGGUAACUAUAGACACAGGUAGCCAUAAUAUGUUUGCCGACAGCUUCUUUAAAGGCUUAAGCCACCAGUCUGUAAGCCACUUGAAUGUAGAAGCCACGAAGAUGGGCGGCCAUGAUUCUACCGGCAGUAGCCAUAUCGUGCACACUGGUGGCCAUGCUAUACGGUUGGAUAGCCAAGAGGCUAUAAACCCAAGAAACCAGUAUAAUAAAGACAUCUCUAACCAAAAUGAUAGCCAAGGUCUCCAAACAGGAAAAGCGCAGAGUUCUCAGCCUGGCUUCCUCCCCGUCUCGCUAUCCAAGGCAUCAAACAGUGGCCCCGGGCAGGGGCCACACCACCACCCUGGCUACCAACCAGCAGUGCCCAGUUACAGGGAAGCGGAAGAUAGCUUCUACCCCCUGCAAAUGGAGGAAUUGAGUCACAGCUUCAGUAGCCACCUGGGCUUCUACCCUUUAGAGCCACAUCAGGACCGGACAACGCUGGAAAGGGCCUCGGAAAGCUUCCUGCAAGUCUCAGAGAGACCACUCUUUCUGGAGGAGCCGGCGCAAACUAAAAUGGACGCCCUGGACAGCACCCCAAAUUGGGAACAGAACAAGGAAGAGGCCCCUUCAAACAGCCACCUACAGUACUAUAUACGCAUGCUGUUGGACCGCACCCCCGGGGAUCCGCUCAACGAGGACUCGGACAAAGAAUCCAUGCGCUCCAACAUAGACAUGGCCGACCUGUCUCGUCUCCUCAGUGUUUAUCCCUCUGUGUCUCCGUACGGCCAAGGCCGCCCCAACCAGCAGCCCCAGGGCUCUACAGAGAAGGCACUAGAUGUGCCCAGGAUACCGGCCAAGCCUACGAAACUCCCAGAGGGCAAAAUGCCAGAGGCAGUAAAGAAAGAGGUGUUAUCCACUCAGCGACGCGCGGCUCCUUCUAGGGGGAUGAAGAGGAUGACGUCGAGGGGAGGACGUGGUGGAAUAUGGAGAUAGACCGGCAAGAAACUGUAUUGUGUAAUAUAUUUAUUCUGUGGAUUUGAUAUCUGUGUGUGCGUGUUCAUAGCAAAAUAUGGGAAGAACCAAAAAGCUACCCAUUGUAGAGACAAUGGCCAAUGGUAUCAUGGGAAAUGGGCCUGGACUGGCAAUCUAUGGGUUCUGGCAAAUGCCAGAGGGGCUGCUGUAAGAUGCCAUAGACAGUCAAUAUUUAGUGGGCUGGGAGGGCAGUUUGGGCCUCUGAGUGUUUCCAACAACACAUAGAUCCAGAUCUACUUGCUAGAACAUCAGCAGUAACAGCCUGAGGUCUCUCCUGUUGAACCAAUCUACUUGCUAGAAUGUCAGCAGUAACAGCCUGAGGUCUCUCCUGUUGAACUAAUCUACUUGCUAGAAUGUCAGUAGUAACAGCCUGAGGUCUCUCCUGUUGAACCAAUCUACUUGCUGGAGUGCCAGCAGUAACAGCCAAAGGUCUCUCCUGUUGAACUAAUCUACUUGCUGGAGUGCCAGCAGUAACAGCCAAAUGUCUCUCCUGUUGAACUAAUCUACUUGCUAGAAUGUCAGCAGUAACAGCCUAAGGUCUCUUCUGUUGUACCAAGCCACCUUCCUUAGCAAACUGCAGCUGAUAGGACCACACAGUCAGGUUGUGCCAAUGUUUGUCUCAUGUUCAUCACAACCCAAAUAGGAUGAACAUGAGACAAACUUGCUAGAAUGUCAGCAGUAACAGCCUGAGGUCUCUCUUGUUGAACUAAUCUACUUGCUAGAAUGUCAGCAGUAACAGCCUGAGGUCUCUCCUGUUGAACUAAUCUACUUGCUAGAAUGUCAGCAGGAACAGCCUGAGGUCUCUCCUGUUGAACUAAUCUACUUGCUAGAAUGUCAGCAGGAGCAGCCUAAGGUCUCUCCUGUUGAACUAAUCUACUUGCUGGAGUGCCAGAAGUAACAGCCAAAUGUCUCUCCUGUUGAACUAAUCUACUUGCUAGAAUGUCAGCAGUAACAGCCUGAGGUCUCUCCUGUUGAACCAAUCUACUUGCUGGAGUGCCAGCAGUAACAGCCAAAUGUCUCUCCUGUUGAACUAAUCUACUUGCUAGAAUGUCAGCAGGAACAGCCUGAGGUCUCUCCUGUUGAACUAAUCUACUUGCUAGAAUGUCAGCAGGAGCAGCCUAAGGUCUCUCCUGUUGAACUAAUCUACUUGCUGGAGUGCCAGAAGUAACAGCCAAAUGUCUCUCCUGUUGAACUAAUCUACUUGCUAGAAUGUCAGCAGUAACAGCCUGAGGUCUCUCCUGUUGAACCAAUCUACUUGCUGGAGUGCCAGCAGUAACAGCCAAAUGUCUCUCCUGUUGAACUAAUCUACUUGCUAGAAUGUCAGCAGGAACAGCCUGAGGUCUCUCCUGUUGAACUAAUCUACUUGCUAGAAUGUCAGCAGGAGCAGCCUAAGGUCUCUCCUGUUGAACUAAUCUACUUGCUGGAGUGCCAGAAGUAACAGCCAAAUGUCUCUCCUGUUGAACUAAUCUACUUGCUAGAAUGUCAGCAGUAACAGCCUAAGGUCUCUUCUGUUGUACCAAGCCACCUUCCUUAGCAAACUGCAGCUGAUAGGACCACACAGUCAGGUUGUGCCACUGUUUGUCUCAUGUUCAUCACAACCCAAAUAGGACAAUGUAUAUUAAACCAGGAUACAAACCUUAUAGCACGCAGUCACUUAAAGGAGAACACAACCCUUUUUUUUAACCCUAGGACCCUCAAGAGGCCUCCGGUAAAGGGCACAGCAUUUGGGUUCCCCAGUGGUGCAGUUGGGAGGGGUCCUAGGCUUCUCAAUAAAGGCUUUGUUCUCCUUUAAAGCCCUUAAUAAAGUUCCAGCUAUUUACUGCUCCACGUAAUUCGUUUGCCUCCUCGGUCACUGCGGCCUUACAGCGGCACAUUUUCAGACCGCGGCACUAGACAGUAAGGUGUAUUUUUGUAUAAAGCAUUUGUCUUAUUUAUUUUUACUUAUUUAUAUAUUAAAAAUCUUUUUUACUUUCACAUAAA